UCAAAAGGGUUUUUGUAGUCUUAUUAGUCGGAGGUUUCCAGAUGCUCCUCAGUGUCGUGUCCAACACCAUACGCUUCCAUAAAGGGACUUGAAUGAAGUUUUAGGUUUGGGGAGGUUAUUGAAUCCCCUUCUGUUCAAUCUCCUUUUGCCUCGUUGAGUUUGCUCUCUUGAUAUCGCUUGUUUCCUGCACUUGCGUUUUCUAUGUUUUUCCGGCAUUUUGCUUAGUUGCUCUACAUUUGAGGGGAAAUCUCAGCUUUUGUCCUAGUACAUGUACCACUGAAUGUUUGUUUAUGCAUACACUAAUUAUGCAAUAUUCUCGCAAUCAUAUAUACCCGAGCCGUACAAUAGGGUGCACUUAACAUGACUUCCCAAAUCUACCAUGAAUUCCUACCAUUGCAUCCAAUCUGCUAUGAGUUCUAAUCUUUCAUUUGGUUGAGAACCCGUAAUGGGGCAGGUGGCUGUUAGUUCAUAUGUUCAUUCGGUAAUACACACUUAACUUCUCAUGGAGCCCACAUAUUACAACAAUACCUGAACAAUGAUAAUCUUCUGCAAAGUCGCUCUUUCCUUACCAAAAUCUCUUGGUGCCAUGAUGUUCAAACUAGAGCAAAUAGCAUGCAUUCCAAAGAUCUAGACGGUGAUGCCUGCCUUGUGGAUCAAAGUUAUUUCGCUUUCUUUGUUAGGAUAACGAGUGUUGACCACUUCGUGCAUGCAUUAGUCAAAGGAUCAGCAGCUCCAAUUACCCUGUUACUGGUUCAGCAAUACUAAGGCAUGAAAUUCCAUUGAUGAUAGGACACUCAGAGUAACAGGAGAUAUAAAACUAUUCUUGUCAUGGAUCAGACAGAACAAACACAGCAGCAGCAGCAGCAGCAGCAAGUGGUCGGGGUUGUGGCUAGCACAAACCAAAUGGCAUAUGCCCCUCCAUUUCCAACUGCUCCAGCAGUCGCUUCUGGCACUCCUGCUGUACCCAUACCUUCGCCGACUCAGGCACCCAGUACUUUCCCAGGCUCUCCUCAUCAGCUUGCAUACCAACAAGCCCAGCACUUCCAUCACCAACAGCAUCAACAGCAGCAGCAACAGCUUCAAAUGUUCUGGGCCGGUCAGAUGCAAGAAAUUGAGCAAACUCAGGACUUCAAGAAUCACAGCCUUCCGCUUGCCAGAAUCAAGAAAAUAAUGAAAGCUGAUGAAGACGUACGAAUGAUCUCUGCUGAGGCUCCAGUCAUAUUUGCAAAAGCUUGUGAGAUGUUUAUCUUGGAGCUGACUUUGCGUUCUUGGAUUCACACAGAAGAAAACAAACGGAGGACACUGCAAAAGAAUGAUAUAGCAGCUGCCAUCUCCAGGACAGAUGUGUUUGACUUCUUGGUCGACAUAAUUCCAAGAGAUGAGUUAAAGGAGGAAGGGCUAGGAGUUACUAAGGCUACCCUUCCUGUGGUUGGCUCUCCAGCUGAUAUUCCAUAUUAUUAUGUCCCAACACAACACCCCAUGGGACCUCCAAGUAUGAUCAUGGCAAAGCCUGCUGAUCAAGCUGCGCUUUAUGCUGCCCAGCAGCCUCGACCACCAGUUUCUUUCAUGCCAUGGCCACAUGCUCAAUCCCAGCAAACCCAAGAUGAUCAGCAAACGAAUUCAUGACUUGGGUCAUGCAAAUUCUAGCGCUGCUGCUUAGUAUCAAUGGAUUUCCUUUGCAUGUAAUUGAGAGGUAGCAAUUGUCGCGGAUUGCAGAGUAUUGAUAUUUGAUACUAUCAUAACUUGUUUGGAUUUUGUAGUAGCUCCUACAUCGACACAUUUGGCGUUAGGUUGUUUUAAUUGCACAUUAGUGCUUACUUCUUCCUUUGCA